UGGAAGUUGAGUGUUACAAAACAUAAUUGAUGGUGCUUGAUGGAUUUUAUUUUUUGUGUGUAUGAUUUUUUUUAAGUCCAGAUCUGCAGAAUAAUAAGCUGGAUAAAUUGUCCUGAAUUUUUUUAUACUACUGUAGUCACGCAGAUAACACUGCUAGGACUUUGUUUACUGUGUUGCUAAAGAUGUUUGGAUGUCCAAAACUUCACCCUCCUGGAAGGGGGGUGGUAGGUUUUUAUUUUGCUUUCAAAAUUUAAACCAAAGAAAAAUGUAAAGUUUCUAGUCAGAAAUAAACAUCUGUACUCUGCAGUAAGGUAAUGGCCAAAUAUUUUUAAUUUUAACAUGUCUAUUUCGGGAUAUAUUUUAUGUGAUACUAAGUCAUGUAUCAUCUAUAUAGUGGAGAGAAGAGUGCAGUGAAAUUAUAAACAAAAAAUAUGAGCAGCUCUGAUAUGAAGAAUGCUAUGCACUAAGGCCAAGAUCAAUUAGCAGAGUCCUGCUUGCAGCCUUUGCCUUAGUUUCCAGUGUGACAGGAGGAUAUUAAUUGCUGAUAAAAUCAGGGUAGGAAAGCAAUGCUUCCAUUAAAAUGUUAUGAUUUUGGAUAUUGAAACAGACAUUACUUUUCUCUCUCUUUUUCCAGCAUCAAGAAAGUGAUCCAUAUCUCAUUUUCUUUAAAACCAUUAGUCACCAUUCUAGAGAUAUGGCUAAUUACUUUUAAUUAAAAAUAAUAUUUUGAUAGAGCUGUGCUAUUUCUCCUGGGAAUGGUUUUAAACUUACUAUAUGCCUACCACCACUUGUCUGCAAUACGAAUGAGGAGGAAUUUGUAGUGCACUGCUCGAUAGCAACAGGUCUGAAGAGUAUCAGGGAUGAAAUUCUCAAGGGUCUUUAUGUCAUGGAUGGAAAUGGAAUCAUUACUGUAUUUUUGAACUCCUGCUAACGUCAUUGACACCCACCCACAGUCUACUAGAAAUAUAAGUGCAGAGAUCAGGUUGUUCACAGAUUACGAGGAGACCAAGCAAGAAGGGGGCAAGCCAAAGCCAAAUUCCCUGACAGUCUGUUCAUCUCCAGCAUGUGGAAAGUGCUGCUCCUGGGUCUAUAUACAGUAUUGGCUGUGAGAGGGUUGGCAAAGAGUGCUCCUUUCCAACCAGAAGAAAAAUGGAAGCCUCUUGAUAACCCCAGAAACAGAGACCUGUUUUUCAGAACUCUCCAGGCUUACUUCUUGGGCAGGGGUCUUGAUCUCAGAAAGUUCCCAGCUACUUUCACUGUGAACAAUGAAGGACCAAGGCCUGUCAUGUUCUAUUCAGAUCCUAUUGCUUCUGCAUUUGCAGAUUAUGAAGAAAGGAAAAAAUCUUUUCAGAAUGAUUUCAAAGGCUGAAAGAUUCUGCUGACAAAGGCAUUAACUUCAGAACUCCAGGCCAAGUGUAAACCUUCACAGCAAAAUCUUACUGCUUUGACUUUCUAACUGUUACCUGACACUUCAAAAUUUUCUUUAUUGUCACCGUUUCUACCAAUGGAACCUGGUGUCCUGGUGUAAUGAGCACAGAUUCUGUCUAUUGACAAAUGUGUGUGCUUUGGCUACUAGAGUUUGUGAGCAGAAUUGUGCUUAAGUGUGAAUAAAUGAAGAGUGCAACAGCGUGCA